AUGGCGCCGAACAAUAUUCUUCUCAUCCUUGGCGCAGGCCCAAAUAUCGCGCGGGCAACAGCCGAUGUGUUCGCGGCUAAAGGGUACCGCAUCGCCCUGGUCAGCCGCGGGCGCACCCGCUUCGACCCAGCUUAUCUACACAUCAAGAGCGACUUGGCCAAGCCCGACGCCAUCCAUGACGCCUUCACAAAAGUGAGAGCAGCAUUCGGAGCAGCCCCGAACGUCGUCAUCCACAACGCGUACCACGUCUUUCCGACCAGAGCCGACAAUCCGCUGUCAUUGUCCCAGGCUCAGCUUGAGUAUGACAUCGCUAUAAACACAACGUCUGCAUACGCCGCCGCCGCCGAGGCCGUGGCCGAGUUCGCCCACCUGCCGCCCGAACUUCCCAAGUCCUUCAUCUACACAGCCAAUGGCCUUGGCUCCAUGCCACAGCCGCAGCUCAUUAGUCUUGGCCUUGGAAAGACGGCCAUGGCUCACGUCAUCGAAAAUGCAGUUAUCGCAUACCGAGGCAAAGGCUGGACUUUUUACUACUGCGACGAGCGCUUGGAAGACGGAAAUUUUGCCGCAGGUGCUAUCAACGGCCCCGCGCACGCCGAACAGUAUUGGGAGUUGAGUCAAGACAGGCAGCAGGGAGAGUGGAGGUACACAUUCGUCGCAGGGUUGGGUUACAAGCGAUUCCAAGACACGCAGGUUGAGCUGUGACAAGCCAUUUCAUGUUCCGGGCUCCGGUCAGCUCGAACAGGAGCGGAGAAAGGUAACCCGUCCAUGUAACUGUUUAGAGAGCUGUCCAACUCGAGUUUUUCGU